AUGUCGGGCAGAUGUAGCGAUCUUGGGAUUGCGGGAACGCAGCGUGUGAAGCGGGUGAUGAAUGAUGAUGGUGGUGCCAAGGAUUUGAUGCUGAAGGGGGGGCAACAGAAACAGGAAUUAAUAGUUGGUGGGGAGGUUGCGGUGGUGCAUGCUUACUGUAUGCCAUGGUAGGCUGGCUUUGAGGAGUGGAUGGUGGAUAAGAAGGGUACUGAUGAUGAUAGGAUGGCUCGGGAGGCGACGGAUACUUUGACUGGGAAGGAGGGUAGGAAUUUCGGUUCCCUCCCUGUGAAGAGGUGGGAGAGUAAAAGUAAGAAGAUGAAGGCGAUGUCGAUGACAGCGGGGGUGAAUUAUUGCCCUCAAACACUGAGUCGGGUCUCAUAGGAGGGGUAAGAGGAAGAGCAGGCCCAGAACUAUGUGGUGUCUGGCUCUGGUAUUGAGGGGACCGUUGUUGCCGCUCCAUCCUGUCCAUUCCUAUGGUUCAAGAUGAUAGAUCAGUACCACGGCUGGCUUCCAAUCCCAACACCAUAGCGCUUACCAUUUCCUCCUAGUUGGCCUCCAUCGGCGAACACAAGCAGUGCUGAAAUUGAAGGCAGAGAGCAUCUAUUGUUAUCCUCCACCGGUGGCGACGGAGGAGGAGCGGGUGGGUGAGCAUAUUCAUGCGGACGGUGUAUGUAUGGAGCGGGAGACUGGUGGUGGUGAUCUGAGAAGUCGAGUCCAUUACCCUGAGUGGACUGUGGGUAGUGAUUGUGGUGCCGCGACUGGUGGACAAGGCUGGGGAGAUUCAUUACGCGGAUGGGUGGUAGGUAAUGGCAGGUGUGAAUUUGGGUAGUGGUGGAUGGCAGGUGGUGUUGAAGGGUGGUAG